UUCAAUUCAUUAAAAAUCUCUCUUUUCUUUCGUCAUCACAAUAUUUCUACCUCUAUUCUUCUAAACAUCCCUUAAAAUAUAGGAAUUUUUUCAGGCUUGCUUACCCCAUCUUCGUUAUCAACUCCUAUUUGCAAGACUUCAAGAACAGAAAUUUUGGAAUCAUUUAUGACAUUUCCUGUUUAUUGUCAAAACACAUAAAGAUAGCAAAUGCUAUUCGCUACUAUCCAAAGUUUGGACUGACAGAUGGUAAAGGAAUGGAAAGAUUGUGGUCAUACCUGAGACAGUUCACAGCAAUUACAAAGGAAAUGACACCAUCUCACAGAAUUGAUCUUUUAAGUGAUGCACUGAUAUACUUUGCUCAAAAGAAGAACAGUAGCAUAGAAUGGAGCUUAUCAGAUCGUUUGUCCAAAGCUAAAAGUGUUUUGAAAAGCAGUCAAGCGGAGCUACAACAAAUAUUCGACAACCUUGGAGACAGAGUUGAGGAUUCUGAGGUCUAUGCUUGGCAUGAUAGGGAAAAGUCACUGGCUCUUGCAAGGACAAAGGGAAAAAAGGCUGAGUCCGAUUGGACAAUGAAAUAUGUUCAGAAGCUACUUGAUAUAGAGACAGCAAGUACUUUGUACAAGCAGUGUACAACAUCUGAUCAGAUGGUAAAUGUAAAACAUCAUAUUAACGAGCUUGAUAAAGAAUUGAAAUCUAUUGAGAGAGCUAGAAUUGUUACGUCUCGAUGGAGCAACAGCUCACCUCAAUUCAGCGAGUCACUAAGGAAAUUAGAAGAUGACAAGAAAGUAGGAUUGCUGGCAAAAGCAAGAAUUGAAGCAGUUGAGAGAAUUUUUCAUUUGAGUUUGAAAAAGAGAUACUCAGCUGGACAGAAAAUUCCAAAGCAGAUUGAAAAGCAAAUAAAAAGAGCAAACGGCCGAUUAACUACCACCGUGAAGAAGUACAACGACUGUGAUUUCAAAUUUCGAGACAGCAGGCUGCCAAAUACUUCGACAUUCAAUGAUGUAAAGGAUCCUGAAUGUCAACUUUAUGAUGACAUCAAUGAGGAUGUUGAGGGAGCCUCCCAGUCUUUUCUACCAUCCAGUCAAAAGAAAAAGAUUGUAACUCUUACGUUCUUAAGGGAUCGAGCAGCUUAUGAAAGUCAGUUGGUAGAAAAGGACUUCAAUACGUUAACUGCUGCAUUGACAGAAAAGUUAUGUCUUGUGAAGAAGGCUAUACAGAAUAUUGAAGCCGAAUUUCAAGAUAGCGGCAGGAAAACGUCGUUUGGGAUUGGGUCAUCAUCUUUGCUAUGGAAGAAAGCGAUACGAAUGGAAAAAAGAAUAGAGCAUUGUCGUAAUUUAUUUGGCAACGAUGAUCACGAGAACGUCGUUGCCCUGGAAGGUGAUGAAACUGAGGAAGCAUAUGAUUAUCAGGUUAAUCUGCUUGAUGACCAAACGGACUAUGAAGAUACUCUCACCGAGCAACUUUGAUAACAAUGAAGUGAAACUAUUUUGAUUAGUUUUCAUGACGUGCUUUGCUUUUGUAAAUAAGUAACCCUGCCUAAAUAAGUAAUUUUUCCUUUUUCUUACAAGAUUUUCAGAUACUGUUGUAUCUAAAAGUAUCUGUUCGGAACAUGUGUACCCUUGUUCAAGCCUGUACAGCUCAGCAAAUUCAGCAAAAAGUUCAAUAAAAAAGAACCACUGAAUCCAAAGAAAUAAGCUCUUGUUUUUGCGAUUGAAUUGACAAUGAUUUCUUUUCACGAUUGAUUGAAGUAAAGUGACAUGAUUGAUUUUAAUGUAGUCAUUGAUUGAUUUGUUGGAAUAGUAGAUAUUCCACCCAAAAAGAAAACUAUUUUAUAUAUAAAAUCUUUCGAUAUUGCAUAUAUAAACUGUAAGAAUAUGAAUAGCCCCCCCUGUCUGUAAAAAUCACCGGCUAUAAUAAACAUACCUACCUAAUGAUUUUGGUUAAGUAGGCAAUGUUUUACCAUGUACUUGUAUAUCAUUUGUUAUUUAUAGCCAAUUAAUUUUGUAGUUUCUAGC